AUUUGCAGUGUGAGUGUCACAGCAUGAUGGCGGAGGCGAAAACAAGUCCCCCACCACGGCGUUUGGUUGAUUUUGAGGCACUGGCAGAGAGGAGACUCCCAGAACUUGUGUACAACUACUACCAUGGCUGGGCAGGCGACGGGCAAACCGCUAAAGACAACUGUGCCGCUUUUAAAAGAUACCGCCUGUUAACACGCGUCCUACGGGAUGUGUCUAAACAAGACACGUCUAUAACGGUGCUGGGGAGAGUACUUGACCUGCCUGUUGUGAUCGCGCCUACAGCACAGCACGUUUUGGCACACGACCACGGGGAAAAGGCAACUGCCAAAGCUGCAGCUUCUAUGAAUGUCGGGAUGGUGGUCAGUAGCUGGACAAGUUACGGCAUCGAAGAAAUCGUGGCUGCCGCGCCCGAUGGAGUCAAGUGGUUUCACCUGACGCUGCAGAAGGAUUCGGCUCGCAACAAGGCUCUCCUUGCCCGGGCAGAAAACGCCGGUUGUACGGCUAUAGUUCUGACGGUGGAUCAGCCUGUAGCUCGGCGGUUAAAACGUACGGGGAAGUUGGCAGUCACGCCUGACACAUGGAGUCUUCCCCAUAUGACGUUUGACGAUGCUCCUGACAGAGGCACGGUGAGCUAUGGAGAGUACAUCUACUCGUCCAUGAAACAGCCUAUAACGUGGGACGAUGUUGAGUGGACAAAAGCCAACACCAGUCUACCAGUCGUCCUGAAAGGGAUACUGUCCGGGAUCAUUGACGUUCUCCCUGACGUUGUUCUUCAGAUUGACGUUCUCCCUGACGUUGUUCUUCAGAUUGACGUUCUCCCUGACGUUGUUCUUCAGAUUGACGUUCUCCCUGACGUUAUUGUUCUUCAGAUUGACGUUCUCCCUGACGUUGUUCGUGCUGUUGAGGGAAGGCUGGAUGUGUACAUGGACGGUGGAGUGCGGACAGGAGCCGACAUUUUGAAGGCCUUAGCUUUGGGGGCCAAGUGUGUGUUCGUAGGAAGGCCUGUGUUGUGGGGCUUGGCAUACAAGGGAGAGGAGGGUGUUCGACAGGUGCUCCAGAUACUGAACGAUGAGCUACGUGUUGCCAUGGCUCACACAGGUUGUUCCAACAUUUCUGACAUCACCCCAGAGCUACUUGUACGCGAGACCUGUGCUGGUUGCCAUGUUACAAGCAAGCUUAAGAUUUGUGAAGAUAGAACGUGAAGUUCAC